GGGGAAUGUCUUCAUGGUUUGUUAUCAACUGCUCAGCUGACUGCCGUACAAGCCAAGUCACAAACUCUAAACAAGUCUGCACCGUCAGUGGGCCAAUAGCAGUGCUGUGAGGGGAGGCCAGGUUGUUUCGGGCUGCCAUGGAUGACCGCUCCUCUCUGGGCAGAGUGAGCGGCUCCACUGAAUCUGUGUCCACCGUCACCAGUGAGGAGUUUGUGCUGGUACAGUCAGCUGCCGAGGGCUCUCCAUCCGGCUCUGAGGGUAAACCCAGGCUCAAGAUGUCGUGGAAUGGGCGUGAGCAGCUGGAGAGAGCCAUGGAAGAGGUGCUGGAGGAUGAUGGAGGCCAGGGGGAGAGAAAAGCAGGAGAAGACAGCUCCAAGGACCCAGAGGCUUGUGAAGUGCCUGCUAGCACUCAGAAACGGCCUCCGAGCCUGACCCUGGACAGCUGUCCUAAUGAGGCUUCAGCGGGUCAGGUGGGCAGCCCGGCGCCACCAGAGGAGGACAGCGUGCAGUUCAGUAAGCUGUCGUAUCUGGGCUGCACCUGGGUGAAAGCCCCGCGCAGCGAGUCCGAGGCCCUCAGAGCCAUGUCUACCCUGCGGAGAGAGAGCGCCAUCCCUAUCCCCGUUACCCUCCAUGUGCCCAACGUGCCCGACGGCUGUGUCAGGAUUUUGGACCAGGCCACAGGGACAGAGAUUGCUUCCUUUCCCAUCUAUAAGGUGCUUUUUUGUGCGCGGGGGCGGGAGGGUUCCAUGGAAAGCGACUGUUUCUCCUUCACCGAGAGCUACCGCAGUUCUGAGGAGUUCCAGAUUCACGUGUUCUCCUGCCAUAUCAAAGAAGCUGUCAGCCGUAUACUUUACAGUUUUUCCACGGCAUUCCGGCGCUCCUCCAAACCUGCCCCUGAUGUCAGGGACUCCUCACUGCCUCUGUCUCCCGACAGUGAUGUUUACACCUUCACCGUCUCUCUGGAGGUGCGGGAGGAUGACGGCAAAGGCAACUUCAGCCCUGUCCCAAAGGACAGAGACAAGUAUUACUUUAAACUGAGGCAGGGCGUGCAGAAGAAAGUAGUCGUCACAGUUCAGCAGAUAUCCAAUAAAGAACUGGUCAUUGAGAGGUGUUUUGGGAUGUUACUCAGCCCGGGUCAGAAAGUUCGCAACAGUGACAUGCAUCUCCUGGAAAUGGAGUCCAUGGGGAAGAGUUCGGACGGGAAGGCUUAUGUCAUCACAGGGACGUGGAACCCCAACACAGCCGCUUUCCAACCCCUGAACGAGGACACGCCAAAAGAUAAGCAGGUGUAUAUGACAGUGGCUGUGGAUCUUGUUGUGACGGAGGUGGUGGAGCCUGUGAGGUUUCUGCUGGAGGCUCUGGUGCGGGUUUACCCCGCCAACGAGAGGUUCUGGUACUUCAGCAGAAAGGCCUUCUCCGAGACCUUUUACCUCAAGCUCAGACAGGGCAGUGAGAAGGGAAGUCAGGGAGACGCCAUGUAUGAGGUGGUGAGUUUGCAGAGACACACAGACAAGGCCAACGAGGGAAGGGGUCGCCUCCAGUCCCCGAACGAGGAAGAGGAUGCAGAAGAAGACAGCGAUAGUGAGAUCUCCAGUGGCACCGGAGAUGUGUCUAAGGAUUGCCCUGAGAAGAUUUUGGAGUCUUGGGGCGGGAUCCUCAACAGAUGGCAUGCGAACCUGUCUACGCGGCCAAAGGGCCUGUCUGCGCUGGUGAGGCCCGGGGUCCCGGAGGCCUUGCGGGCCGAAGUCUGGCAGCUUCUGUCUGGCUGCCACAGCGACCAAGCCCUGCUGGAGCGCUACCGCAUUCUCAUCACGAAGGACUCUGCACAAGAGAGUGUGAUCACUAGAGACAUCCACCGCACCUUCCCUGCACACGAUUAUUUCAAGGACUCUGACGGAGAUGGCCAAGACUCCCUUUACAAGAUCUGCAAGGCCUACUCGGUGUACGAUGAAGAGAUUGGAUAUUGCCAAGGCCAGUCUUUUCUGGCUGCUGUUCUGCUGCUACACAUGCCAGAGGAGCAGGCCUUCUGUGUGCUGGUGAAGAUAAUGUAUGACUACCGCCUGAGAGAACUCUACAAGAACAACUUUGAGGAUCUGCACUGCAAGUUCUAUCAGCUCGAGAGGCUUAUUCAGGAGCAAUUGCCAGACCUGUGGUCUCAUUUCCAGGACUUGAAUCUAGAGGCACACAUGUAUGCCUCUCAGUGGUUUCUCACACUUUUCACCGCCAAGUUCCCGCUCUGUAUGGUCUUCCACAUCACCGACCUACUGCUGUGUGAGGGGUUAAAUAUCAUCUUCAAUGUGGCCUUAGCACUUCUCAAGACUUCCAAGGAGGACUUGCUUCAGGCUGACUUUGAAGGAGCUCUGAAAUUUUUCCGUGUCCAGCUUCCCAAACGCUACCGGGCGGCAGAGAACGCCCGUCGGCUCAUGGAGCAAGCAUGCAAUAUCAAGGUGCCAACUAAGAAACUGAAGAAAUUUGAGAAGGAGUACCAGUCCCUCAGAGAGAGCCAGUUGCAGCAGGAGGAUCCCAUAGACAGAUACCAGAGAGAAAACCGGAGAUUGCAGGAGGCCAGUAUGCGUCUGGAGCAGGAGAACGAUGACCUCGCCCAUGAAUUGGUCACGAGCAAGAUUGCCCUGAGGAACGACCUGGACCAGGCGGAGGACAAGGCUGACGCACUGAAUAAAGAACUGCUCAACACUAAACAGCGUCUGGUCGAGACGGAAGAGGAGAAGAGAAGACAGGAGGAGGAAACCGCACAGCUGAAGGAAGUGUUCAGGAGAGAGCUGGAGAAAGCCGAAUCGGAGAUCAAGAAGACCACAGCCAUUAUCGCCGAAUAUAAACAGAUAUGCUCUCAGCUCAGCACCCGGCUGGAGAAACAGCAGGCCGCCACCAAGGAGGAGCUUGAUAUUGUCAAGAGUAAGGUGAUGGCAUGCGACCGCUGUCGGGAGGUGUUCAGCAAAGACGGGCAGCUGCAGAUGCCAGCGGUCAGCCGGGAUAACCGAGACUCGGACCUGGACGAGGAGAAGGACUCGCUGAAAGCACAGCUCAGGGAGCUGGAACUGGAGCUGGCCCAGACAAAACUCCAGCUGGUAGAAGCCAAGUGCAAGAUCCAGGAGUUGGAGCACCAGAGAGGGGUGCUGAUGACUGAAGUCCAAGCUGCCAAAAACUCCUGGUUUAGCAAAACAUUGGGCUCCCUCAAGACGUCCGCCAGCAACCCUUCUCCGUCCUCCCCAAAAGAAGGGCCUUAGGGCUCAGGCAGGCGCAGCAAAAGAGAAAGAGCGUCUUUUCAGCCAGUCCACCAGGAAAGAGAAGAAAACAAGAGGAGAGUGGGAGAAAUCUCACAAACUAGCAUUAGUAACAAUUCCCAGAAAUGCAGUAUUCCCUUUCCACCUGGGAGAGACUGGCACACGGAGGCUUUUAUGACCCGCCCCAUUCAGACUCCACGCACCAGUCAGUGACUAGGGGCGGGGCCAGGCUGUGUUCAGAACAUCCUGUGCACUCAAGCAAAAGCAGUUGUUUGUUUAUUUGUUGUUACCACUAUUCUUGUAUGGGGGUUAGCUAUGACAAAUGGCAUAGUGUACUUGCUGGAGCAUAUUAUAACAUUAUUUUAUUUUUAUUUUUUUUUGCAAACGUGGUUAAAAGUGUAACCACAAUGUCUCAUGUUUGCAGCCUUCCUCUGGAUGCUUCAUUAUCAUUGUAAUUAUCUGGACCAAUGUUUGUCUCGAUAAAGAGAGGGGUUGUUUGUUUGUUUGUUUUUUGGUAACACCUCCAGCACGGCAGUUGCUCCUAGUGGCCUGUGAUAUGUCCAGUUCUUGGUUUUGUCUCACCUUUAAAGUGGUGAGAGUCCUAUUCGUGAUCUGCCUGUAUUAAUGUCGACAACUGUUCAUGAUGUUUUACUGUCUGUUCAAGUAGAGUACAUACAAUAUAACCUCAGUAACAUUUUCAAACGUGGGUCAAAAAAAACAGUAGCUUCUUUGAUGGCAUUUUCAUGUAUAAAACAUGAUUAAUCUAAUGUAUGCUUUCAGAAAGGGGAUACUGCAUUAAAUCUUAUAUAUUCUC